UAAAAAUGUACAAGAUAGUCCAUUUUGCAUUAACUGUCAACGUCCCUUUAUUUAAAUAUUUAUUAUACUAUGAUUGUGGCCAAAAAAUGUUUCUUCUGUGUAUCGUUGCAAAUUGGAUGUAUCAUAAUUGCGCUUAUUGGAUUAUGUUUGUCCACCACAAACAUAAACUACAUUAUGCACCUCCUGAAUAGGACUUACAAUAGUGAAACCAAAUAUAGAUUUCCAGCUCAUGUAUUCCAUGCAUGUUUACAAAUUUUCGCGGAAUUAUUGUCUUUUUGCGCAUCCUAUAUAUUGAUCCUAGCGGUUUUAUCGCAAUAUUUCUGUCUGUUUUGGACUACACUGGUCUUUCAAGUCCUUCAGCCUGUAUACCUUAUCUCAUAUAGUAUUAUAUCAUCGGCAAUGGGUAAAAAUUUAAUAAUAAAUGUGAGCUUGUGGCAUAAUAUUACAUAUUGGGCGCACAUAGUUAUUCGGCUGACCAUGACCUCGUAUUUUACGUUUAUAACCUGUUCGUAUUAUCGACAACUGAGGAAGGAAGAAACUGAAAAUAUAGCUUAAUGGUUUGGUUUCAUUGGAUUUGUCGUCAGUAAGUGAAAUAAAGGAACUUAAUGUAU